AUGGCAUGGACCGCGCACGCCCCGGGCCCCGCUGGCCCCCGCUGGCCGGCCAAAGUACCUCAUUCCCACCUCAUUUUGCAACGGCAGCCACUCACCACACGAGCCAGGCAGCAUUGCACUCGACGAGAUCGUGUGCCAGGCCCCCCCCUUCCCCUCGCAGGCCUGGUCAUUGAUCACCGCAUUAUGCUUGACGUAGAAUCAGUUCCUGGGCCUUCCCUACUAAGCUCAUUUGGUCCUUCUCAGGAACAGAGCGUCUCGUGGAGAGGACCCAUUACUGUACAUGCUUGGAGUCUGUGUCCGUGUGGCAAUCGCACAAGACGGACCGGGUUUUUGGAGGGGACAUACUGCCCGACCUUGUUAAUGCCUUCUGCCCUCAGGCACAAAUAUCAUAUAAUCCACAGCCGUCCCCAACAAUAA